UAUCUUUCACCACAAGAGGAGGAGGAGGUUACACGUUAUAAUAUCGUGAAAAAAAAUCCUCUGGUUCCAUAGCAACUCGUUAUAACAAUAAUGCAUAAAAUCAUAUAGCGAUGUCGGCGACCUAAUCGCGAAUUUCGUGCGGUCUUUAACGCGUACGCCAAGUCUGACGGCUUUAGCGGUGUCAUGGCGGCGGCGGCGGCGGUACUGCUGUUCGUCCUAGUGUCGCGGAUCGCGGCGACCACCGACAAGUACGGUACGUUUCUGUUGUCCGGCUCCAACCUCGAGUGGCCGUCGGUGGCCGAGGAGAGCGGCGACAUACUGUACGGCCGGUACGAACCUCGCAAGAUCCUCGUGCACGGGUUCCAGAUGGACGGCGACCGCGCCUUCGUGACCAUGCCGAGGUUCACGAAGACCGGCGUGCCGUGGUCGCUGGGCGUGUUCCGGUUGGACGCGUCGGACUUCGAGCCGGACAUCCGGCCGUAUCCCGAUUACGGUCAUUACGACGGGAAGUCGUGCGGCGGCGGCGCCGGUCGAGCUUGUAUCGUCAACGUGGUCGACGCGUACGCGGAGGCCGGCGUGCUUUGGGCCCUGGACACGGGCACCGUCAACGUGCUGUGGAAGCCGUUGCGACUGGGCCCGGCCCGGUUGAUCGCCGUCGACCUGGCCACGGACGCGGUGAUCCGGGCCGCCGACCUGUCGCCGGUCACGUGGCCGGACAGCGUGCUCGAGCACGUGGUCGCGGUGCGCACGUCCUGCGGCCGGCUGUACGUGUACGUGUCGGACGUGGCCCGGCACAGGAUCGUCGUGUACGACGCGGCCGCGGACAGGCUGCACACGAUCCGGCUGCCCGAGACCGCGGCGGCGGACGGCCACCGGCGGCCGGCCGUCCUGUACCUGGUGCCCGUCAGCGUGGCCGGCCGCUCGUACGUGUACUUCACGUACCGGCACAGCGGCUACGUGUUCUCGCUGGACGCGUGGUCCCGGGACAGCGUCGCUCACGGCGCCGUGUCCGAGGUGGGCGUCAAGCCGGUGGGCAUGCACGUGCUGGGCUCGGACGGCGGCACCAACGUGUACUUCCGGACGUCCGGCGGCGGCGGCGGCGGCACCGACGUGUGGGCGUGGGACGUGAACCGGCCGCUGGACGUGCGCAGCUUCGUGCUCGUCCACCGCAGCUACCUGUACCUGACGCCGACCGCCGUGGUGGCCGGCUGGCGGAACACCGUGUGGACGGUCGAGUCCAACUACGACGAGUACGCCGCCGGCGACGUCGACUGCACCGGUGCCAGGACGCUGUUGCGACCCCUGAACGGCGGCGUCGACGACUGCAACGGGUUCUUGUAGGUCUCUUCUCGUGUGCUCGAUCGUCGUCGACUCGUGUAUUGCAUACUGUGUGCAGGUUUCUACUCUUAAUUUUCCAGUUUUGCACCGGUCUUCUUUCCUAAAGCUUUAAGUUUGAUUUCUCCUGACGAUCGCUUUUUUUUUUUUGUAAAAUAAUAAGUUUAUCAGUAUCCAAAGUGCCAACUCGACCACAAGGUUACACACUAUCGUUUGUGCGGUUACGAGUGAGUUACAUAUUGUUAUUUUGCCAAUUUAAUAAACAGAUUAUAAUGAAAUACUAUGUUUUUUCGAUAAUUUUGAAUAAAUUGUAUAUAAUUAAA